GUCCUGUGUUUUUGGUUUUAAUAUAAGAUUUCCAGAGAUUACGUGUUCUUCAUCUACAGUUCCAGUUUCUUGAGAAGGCUACAUCACUCUCUCUUCCCUGCUGUCUGGGGACAACAAUGGCAGAUUCGGCUUGUCUUAUGCACGCUUUCUCUUAUGCAUCUGCAGUGCCCAAUGAAGCCAAACAGGGAAAUCCUAUGCACGCUUUAGGGGAGUCCAUUUCUUUUGGGAGGUUUAUGUCUGAGUCUUUAGCUUGGGAGAAAUGGUCCACCUUUUCUCACAACAAGUAUGUUGAAGAGGCUGAGAGGUAUGCUCGGCCUGGGUCUGUUGCCCAGAAGAAAGCUUUCUUUGAAGCUCAUUACAAGAGAAUUGCUGCCAAGAAAGCUGCUGCCUUGCUUGAACAAGCAAAUGAGGAUUCCAGUGAAAGCAUUAACCAUGAUAUUAAUAGCAAGGAAGACCCUCCCAUAAUCAACGGUGAUGAUGAACACAGCUCUGUUACAGUUGCUGCUGGUGAUGAUGAAGACUGUAAACCUGAAACUGAAGAGGUUAAUCUGAAUCUGAAGGCUCUUCCUCGUGUGGAGGCUCAAGAAACAGUUUCUGGAUCAGAGCUCAGUGAAACACCUCAAAUGGAGAGACCUUUGUUAAAGAAUUCUUGUUCCACCAAGGAGGAAGAUGAGGAUGAAGUUUCAUCAGCUCCUCCACCUCCUCCUCCUAUCAAGAAAAGAUCAGCUCUUUCUUCACUCAAGUCAUCAAUUCAUGGCAAAACACCCAGAAUUCCAUCAACUCCUGCCAUGCCCUAUACCUACCCUCAUCUCAACAAAGAAAACAUUAUCACUCCAAUAGCUCCAAUCAUGAAAAGUUAUGGAGCAGUCUCCAUUGGUGUAAUGAAACCAACUUCAAAAUCUCUUAGCUCCUUGUUAAAUCUCACUCCAGCUAAAGACCCCGAUACUGCGCCUCCACUUGCCAAGGAGACUUCUCAGGUUGCUCCUAUUUCUACUAAGGCAGCUAAGAAUUGUCCAACACCUCUCAUGACUCCUAUGGCAACUUCAAAUGGUUUAUCAAAGCUUUAUUCAGCUACCCCAGCUUCAGAAAAUGGAAGGACAAAAACACCAGUUAAUCCCAUACCUUCAGGAAGUAAAACAUCUGGCCCAAAAUGGCACCUCUUAACAUCAGUUUGCUCCAAGUCUUUAACUGCCUGCCGGAAUAAACUGCAAUCCCCUAAUUUAUCAACAACCCCUUUUCGCCUGAGAACUGAAGAAAGAGCUGCAAGAAGGAAACAAAAACUGGAAGAGAAAUUCAAUGCCAAGGAGGAGGUACAGAAGGUUCAGCUGCAAACCAAAUUAAAGGAGAAAGCAGGAACAGAGCUGAGAAAACUUGGACGAAGCCUUUGUUUCAAAGCCCGCCCUCUUCCUGAUUUUUAUAAGGAAAGAGAAACAACAAAGAAUCAAAGCGCAAAAGAGAACCCAGUGAUACAUCCUCAGCCACUGAAACUCGGAAAAAAGAGCUCUUCUUCCAGCAGAAUGCCAGGCACAGUUUCAUCAUUGACAAAGAGUAGUGGAGCUUCCAAGAAUGCUGCCAAGACAAACGACAAAAGACCAACUGUUUCUGUUUCUGUUACUUCACCACGGUCAAUAGCGUGAACAAUUUCACAUGAGAAUACAUACCUAGCUACUACAUCUCCAAGCUGAUCGAGCUGUUAUAAUAUAUACUGCAAUGCUGACUUGUUGCAGAUCAGAACUGGAUAAUCUCUUAUUUAAUUAUAUUGUUAAAAUAGAAGUAGCCAGCCACCUUAAUUAAUAUUGUGUCUGAAUUGAAUGCUUAUUUGCCAUCGAUUCUUGUCUUGUAUAUCACUGGCAUUGUAUUAGAAGAAGAUCAAUGUACAAACUGAAAGAACUUUUAUUCUUGGA